UUCUUUCCCUUUUGUUCUCACAGUUAAGAAAUGCAUUUCUUUUGUUUACUCUUGUACUAAUGCCAUGCUUGUUUGAGUGAUAGGAGUAAGGAAUUUACUGUUUUUUCUUUCUUUCUUUAUAAGAUGUUUGUUGAAUUCUUUAACUAAACUUUGGUGGCGUCGUUGAAGUGGUAACCGAGGCUGGUUAUACUCUCUUUGAUGUUUUCAUUCUAGCCAUAUCAUGUUUAGCUUUUAUAAUUAUGUUCUUUGUUGCUUGUUCAUGUUGUUCUUCUCCUCAAGCUUAUACAUUUCGAUGUACUGUUUCCUUCCAGACUUUAAGCUCUCAAAUGCCUACAAUAUCAAUUUAACUUGUACAAAAGCCGCCUCUAUUAUCAGUUCAAGAAGUAUGGACUUCCCGUCCACCCAGUUUGUGCCUUCAAGAACUAUGGGUACCUAUGAACCUAUCCACCAGAUUGGCAUGUGGGGAGAAAAUUUCAAGAGUAUUGACAGUCCAAAUAUAUCUCCAUCAAUGAUUGUCGAUGUGGCUAAUAAGCUAGAAAACGAGUCUGAGACUACUUCACAUGAAUUGCUGGCACCUUCUGGCAAGUAUGACCAAGACGCAAGUAAACCUUUGGAUAAGAUACAAAGACGUCUUGCACAAAACCGUGAGGCUGCUCGUAAAAGUCGUUUGCGGAAAAAGACAUAUGUUCAACAAUUAGAAAAUAGUCGCUUAAAGUUGAUUCAAUUGGAGCAAGAGCUUGAACGAGCAAGGCAACAGCAGGGUCUUUAUGCUGGUGGCGCAUUAGAAGUUGGUCAUCUUGGAAUUUCUGGUGCAGUAAACACAGGGAUUGCUGCAUUUGAGAUGGGAUACGAACGUUGGAUGGAAGAACAAAAUAAACUAAUAUGUGAACUCAGGAGUGCUUUGAACGCCCAGACAAGUGAUAUAGAGCUUCGCAUACUUGUGGAAAGUGGCAUGAGCCACUAUUUGGAACUGUUCCGCAUGAAAUCAGGCGUUGCUAAGGCUGAUGUUUUCUAUGUGAUGUCUGGUACGUGGAAAACGUCAGCAGAGCGAUUUUUCUCAUGGAUUGGAGGGUUUCGGCCUUCUGAACUUCUUAAGGUGCUAGUGCCUCAAAUAGACCCCUUGACAGACCACCAAAUUUUGGAAGUUUGUAACUUGAAACAAUCAUGUCAGCAAGCUGAAGAUGCCCUUUCGCAAGGCAUGGAGAAACUCCAGGAAACUGUGUCUGCAACUUUAGCAUCUGGUCAAAUGGGUCAAGGUACUUACCUUCCUCAAGUGGCUAUAGCAAUGGAGAAGUUAGAAGCUCUCGUCAACUUUGUGAACCAGGCCGACCACCUACGGAAAGAAACACUACAGCAGAUGUCUUACAUCCUAACUACUCGACAGGCAGCUAGAGGCUUGCUUGCUUUGGGAGAAUACAUCCAACGUCUUCAAGCUUUGAGUACAGUUUGGGCUAACCGUCCUCGUGAACCGGCCUAGCCUUACGGUAGAAAACGUUUAGAUGAGCACUGCAAGAACCGGCCUUCUGGCAGAGAUGGCGUUUGGUAAAUGCCAUCAUAAAGAUAAGCAACAUCAAUUUAUGCAGCCCACAAUUUUUUGAAGCAGCUUAUCCUGGGGUCUGAGAUGUUGAACAUAUAAAUAGUAAAUUUUAUAUGGGGUAAGAUUGAGAUGGGGUAAGAUUGAGAUCAAAACGAUUUUCAGUAUGCUAUUUUGUACAUUAUAUAUAAUCUUGAAAGUGUAUAUAUACAUAUAUAUAUAUAUAUAUAUAUAUAGGUUCUACAUUUGAGUCA